UACAAAGUGUAAGAAAUUAAAAAUCCUGAUAGCCCUUAUCUGCUCUUCUCUUGAUCAUUUAUGGCUUCCAUUGCUGCCUCUUCCUGCAAAUAUGAUGUCUUCCUCAGUUUCAGAGGGGAAGAUACCCGAAAAAAUUUUACUAGCCAUCUCUAUGCUGGUUUAUGUCAGAAAGGGAUUAUCACCUUCAAGGAUGAUCAAGAACUUGAGAGAGGAAAAACCAUUUCCCAAGAACUCCUUAAAGCAAUUCAAGAUUCUAAAAUUUCAAUCGUUAUUUUUUCAAGAAGCUACGCUUCUUCCUCUUGGUGCUUGGAUGAGCUUGUACAGAUUUUCGAGUGCAUGAAAACCCAGGGACAAAUGGUUAUGCCUGUUUUCUACCAUGUGAAUCCAACUGAAGUGAGAAAACAAACAGGAGAAUAUGGAAAAUCAUUUGCUCACCAUGAACAACGUUUCAACAACUUGCACAAUGUUCAACAAUGGAGAACUGCAAUGACUGCAUUGGCCAAUCUCUCUGGUUGGGAUUUACAGGACAGGUAUACAUACAACUCUUUUUCUUGCAUAAUUUAAAUUUCUUUUAUUUGGAUAAUAUUUGACUGUAGAUGAAGUUGUAAAUUUAGGCUUCUAUUUGCUUAGGGUUGAUCAGCAACCAGUCUCUUUGAGGGGCAAUUGACAAAAAAAGUGUAAUAAAAAAUACAAAAUACUAAAAAAAGGGUGAGUUUGAAAUUAAUUACUAAAAAGGGGUAAAUUUUGCUGAGGUGGAGGAAAUGAG